AUCACCUCCGUCCAGGGGGCCCCUGGUAUUUGCGUAGCUGGUUCUGAAUCUUUCUCUUGUGAUUUCGUUUGUGGGCGGACGUCUCCUCGUCGUCUGUGUUCUUCCUGUCAGUGUUGGUUUAUUUGCGGCACUGCCGGUUUUGUUGAUUGUUUCCUUUCUCUUUUUUCCGCCGCGGGCUGGGUUUCUUUUGUUAUGCCGGCUGCGGUUCGUUGUUCAGAGGCUCUGGGUUGUUCUCUUUUUACUGUUGAUAGUGUCUCUUGCUUUUCAUCCCUGCGUAUUUCCGCAGCGUUGGUGCUCUUAUUUGUUUAGAUUUUCUAGAUUUCUUUCUUUCUUUGUUAGGAAUUCAAGUAUGAAGUCCACUUUUUGGGUCAGCUGGGUUAACGAAUUUUAUAUUGAGUUCAAUCUCCGAAAUAUCAGUUUACAGUUAUCGCAUAACCAUGUGAGUUUGCAAUUUGCUCGUUUCAGGGUGUCGAACUCGCCUUGCGUCAUGGAGCAUUUUGGGUGGGACCAAGUGCUGGAGCUCUCGCAUUCUACUGAGCAGUUGUCGUUGGUGACUGCUUUCUUGCAAGUUCUACAUCUCCCCGUUGUGUCGUCUUGUUACUUCUCUGAUGGCAUGUUCGUAGGGCGUACCUUGACUUGUUUAACCUCUACUUUCUCGAUGCUGAUAUUCCUUGGCUAUUUCGUGUUUAUGGGAGUUACUAUUAUCGUACUAAUCACUUUUCGGUGGCAGAAUUAAAUACUCCUCACAUUUUCAGUCUAAAUCAGCCAAUAGUUGCACACUCACCGCAAUCGAUACGUGUACCGAAUGCUGGUCGAGUUAUUGUAACGAAGUAUACGCUACAAUCGAAAGAUGUCGCCAGCAUGAAAGAACUUGAUUUAGAAUAUAGACUGAUAUAAGACUUUUGUAUUUGACAUUUAAUAUUGGUUUAUGAAGAGAAGAGGGAACAGAUUAUUAACACUGGGAUUGUUCAGAGGCACAGACUGUUACAAACAUUAUCCUUAGUUAGUGUACGACUCUGUGCUCGGGAAGGAUCAGGACACAUGUAGGUUGUCAUUCGAUUUAAGACUGGCUAGUGAAUUAAUUCAUAUUUAAGGAUAAAUGUUACUGUAAACAGAACAUAGUGUUGUUUCUUUUCAUUGUUAGUACAGAAAUGUUGUGUAGCUGUCAUAGAUGAAGUAUAAUACGUGUCGAGCCCGAAGUUGCUGCUCCGGGGUCUCGAUAUACCCCUGUACGUCAUUGCAAUCAUGUAUACCAGUACUAUCUAAAGAAUACUGAAGUUUGCUUGUCCGUUUUCUGCAAAAUGCCUAGUUCGCUCUUAUUUGCCAUAAACAAUGAGGGUCGUGUGUUCGGACUUUCGACUAGCAGGACAAAGUGGCGAGAAUUUGUGUAUCUCGGCUUGGAGUUCAAACAUUUGUCUGCAGUUCCACAUUUUAUGUGGGCAGUUGGUGGAGACAGACAGAUAUAUGUCCAUGUCCACGGUUUGGACAUUCCCAUUCGCAUUAAAGAAGAGGCAUAUGAAAAUGAGCGUUGGCUUCCCUUGGAAGGAUUUAGUGGACGCCUUCUUCCGACUGAUAGAUUUCAUUAUUCUAGUCAAGAUGGGUCCCAUGAUCGCAGUUUAGAUAAGAUCCGAUUACCAUCCAUGGCAUGGCAAUGGGAAGGUGAUUGGCAUCUAGAGACAACACUUGAUGGACAACCAUUAGAUCAUGAUGGUUGGACAUAUGCAGUGGAUUUUCCAGCCACAUUUCAUCCAAAGAAACAAUGGAAAUCCUGUGUGAGGCGUAGGAAAUGGAUUCGGUAUCGACGCUAUAGUGCGCUGAACUCAUGGUGUGCCAUUGCACCUCUGCAUAAAGACCCUACCCAGGUACAGGAACCAUUCAUUGGUGUGGCAGUGGGCGGUCAGUGUGUGCCUGGUGGGAAUCCCAGCAAUCUCUUAGUGUGGGCAAUAACUGCCCAUGGUCGGGUGAUGUUUCGAACUGGAGUUAGCACGACUGCACCAGAAGGUUUGAGAUGGACUUCAAUUACAGUGCCACCAGGUUGUGAAGUCAACCAGAUUAGCAUUGGUCCAACAGGUCUUGUUUGGGCUGUUCUGUGGAAUGGGCGUGCACUGGUCAGAGCUGGAGUUACUAGAGAAAAUCCUACAGGGGAGUUCUGGCUGGAAGUGGGUGCACCAGAAGACCUGAAGUUGGCCCAUGUUUCUGUUGGGACAAAUGCAGUGUGGGCAGUUACUAGAGACCAGCGUGUGUGGUUUCGUAAGGGCGUGCGAGGGGAGAGUGCAGGGAUUAGUGAGGAGCUGGCACGAGGGUCUGGCUGGGUGGAGAUGGUCGGCAGUAUGGCUGUAGUGUCUGUAGCUGCAAAUGAUCAAGUUUUUGCUGUAGGCAGUGACGAUCGGUGUUUAUACUUCCGAACAGGAGUACUACCAUCAGACCUGACAGGAAAAAAAUGGCGGGCUAUUAAUGUACCAACACAGCUGAGUCGCGCUGGCAGCAAUGCUAGUCUCUGGUCUGCCAAUUAUAGGAAUAGUGUAUCUGGUGGGACACCACGUGAGAAAAGGGUGCGCAGUUGGAGUUCUCUUGCAAGAAACAGCUGCUCUGGUGAUGCACAGAACUUGAUACAGGACUGGGAGGAGACAUCAAGAUCUGCUCCUACACCAACAUCACUUCGACUUCAGCCUGCUGUUUGGCAGAGGAACAGUGAUGGUGCAUCUCUUAAUAUACCAAGGCCAAGCUGCUCUGAAGAUUCGGUCAGUGAGAGCAGUGGGGCUGGGCAGUUGGAGAAGAGGUUUGAUGAGGAUACACAGUCUAGUCAGAGCAGCAAUGAGAUGAUCAAUACUUCAACAUUAAUCCAGGAGCACUCUGAAGGUGCUGUGACAGAGAUCCAGCCAGUGUUUGUUGUGGGGAAGGGUGGUGAAGUAAAAAAGAAUCCUACAGUGUGGAGUCCUAUUCGAAGUGUAGGUUCCAUUGUGGGUAUGGAAGCUCACCCAGAGUCUGAUGGAAGUGUGUUUGAUCCUGUAUCUGGAGAUUCAGGAGUAUUUGGUGAAGAGGAGGACACAGAGGUCAUAUACUGGGCAGAUGGUGACAUGGCAUGGUGUAUGGUGGAAGCUGGAGCUUGUACAGUGGACCCAUUAUAUCCUCCAAAUUGGUUUAUUGAGGCCCAUGUGGUGCCUGAAGUGGAAUUGUUCAAGCCUUGGCGGGUAAAAAUUUUACAAGAAUUGAAGAAACGGUUACCAGAAGAGAGAUCAAGCUUCGAAAAGUAUGAGAAAGCAAUUGAAAUGUCAUCGUGGGUAAAAUCAGGGAAGGCUUGGUGCCAACUUAAAAAUUCAAACCAUCAGUUUGAGGAUUGUAUGCUAGAAUUGGAGUGGGUGGGCAGUGACAGAGGCAGAUUGGACUCAGGUACACUUUCAGUACUGAGUCUUGAUAAGAAACAUACGAAGAUGCAGUUCAGCUUGUCAGAGAUCACAUGUGUUGUUUGCUGUAGUGAACCUUCCAAGCCUCGUAUUGCCAUUCAUACUCCUAAAUUAACAAAGGAUUUUUCCCCUAUUAAACUGCAAUUCAUUGGUGAGACUGACAUGGAAGAUUGGAUGGCAAACCUCACGUCAGUGUGUUGCCAGAUGUUUGGUGUACAUGGGUCACCAAGUCCUGGUGCUAUCUGGAUCACAACUGGACUAGGGGAUGUGUUUGUAUUUGAUCCUGCUGUUCUCGAGGUAAGCCAAUUAAGUGGUGAAAUGUACACACAGGAGUUGGAUGUUGCAGGAAAAGAAACACCAUAUGACGCUCACCUUCAUAAUGGAUUUCCACCAGGGACCAUAUUAACAGUACAGGGUUGCGUGACUGAUGACUGCAAUCGGUUUUCCAUCAAUUUGCAGUGUCCAUCUAUUUCUCAGCGACACAAAAAUGAGACAGAUAUUAUGUUGCAUUUCAACCCACGUUUCAUGGAGGCAGUAAUUGUUAGAAAUUCUAUGUUGUGUGGUGAAUGGGGAACAGAGGAGAAGGAAGGAGAGAUGGUUUUCAAGCAAGGAACAGAGUUCACCAUUGAUAUUUACUGUCAGGAUGAUUGUUUCAAGAUUUGUGUGGAUGGAAACUUAUACACUUACUAUGUGCAUCGUCAGAAACCACACAACAUUACCCAUGUUGGAAUAAAUGGUGGUGUCUCACUAAAUAAAGUUAUCUAUCAAUCCAAAAUGGUUAUUAUUCCACCUCCUGAUAUGUUCUGGAGACAGAUGGGUGGUCACCUGAGAAAAGUGGAAACAUGUUCUGCAGGUGUAACUUGGGGUAUUGGUUAUGAUAACACAGCGUGGGUCUACACUGGUGGUUGGGGUGGAUCGUUUUUAAAAGGACUAGAGACCAGCAGCUCUGGUAUCAACCCCAUGACAGAUACCCACAGUUACUAUGUAUAUGAAAACCAGCGGUGGAACCCCCUGACUGGUUACACGUCCCAUGGUUUGCCCACAGACAGGUACAUGUGGAGUGACGUGACUGGUAGACACAAGCGCACAAGGGAAAAGACGAAGCUUCUCUCCAUGCAUUGGCAGUGGGUGUCAGACUGGAGCAUUGACUACCAUACACCAGGUGGUGUGGAUAAGGAGGGUUGGCAGUAUGCCAUUGACUUUCCAGCCACGUACCAUGGUCAGAAGCACUUCACAGAUUAUGUGAGAAGGCGGCGUUGGGUGAGGAAGGCACAGCUUUCCACCAGUGGACCUUGGCAAGAGCUGGGGAAUACUAAACUAGUGGAUAUUUCACUUCAGGUAUCAGUGAGCAACAAAGAUGACAUAGACAGUUUGGUUGAUGUGUGGGCAGUUGCAGCCAAUGGUGAUGUAGUGUAUAGGAGGGGAGUUUCGAGUUCAUGUCCAUCAGGAACAUCAUGGGAACAUGUACCAAGUGAUCACACACUGGCCAGUAUCAGCUGUGGAGCAGACAAGCAGGUGUGGGCUGUUGGCAGGAAUGGCUCUGCAUACUGGAGAUUUGGAAUUACAACAUCAAAUCAUAUUGGUGAAGUGUGGGUGACUGUGGAACCACCUACAGGGAAGACACUGAAACAAAUCUCAGUUGGUUGUUGUGCUGUGUGGGGAUUGGAUUCUUCAGGUCAGCUCUCUGUACGCAGAGAAGUUACACCUGUUUUCCCUGAAGGGACACACUGGCAAACAAUACCUACAACUGCUAGUGAUAUGGGGAACCAUGACAAAUCCAGCAGCAGUGGAAAAUCAUCCCAGAAUAAUGCAGUUGGGUUCCGUCACGUAUCUGCUGGACCAGUCCAGGGUGAAAUCUGGGCUAUAACAGCAACAGGAGUAGUGUGUCGUCGUCAUGGUGUAACACCUGACAAUCCUGCAGGAACAGGGUGGACACAUGGUAUUGGGGGAAACUGGCAAUAUGCGAGUGCAAGAGGAUGCAACAUCAAACCCCUGGAGUCUUCUUGCUGUUGAUCUCAGUUUCUUUGUUCUGCUUCAACUGUAGAUGGGAAUAAGAUAUACAGUUAGUUAUAUGUGCACGUAAUGUCUAGGAAUUGCAUCCACAGUUUGUAUGUCUCUCUUGGGCCGUCAUAGUACUAGAAUAACAACCGCUGGCAAAGAUGAGAAUCAGCAAACGUAAACAUAAAUUGUUAACACAUUCUGUGCCAAGAUCAAGGAUUUCUCUAUUUAAAAUUCUUUACUGCUGUCAGUUUUCCUUCUGUAGUUUAAUAACACUUAUUCUACUACAUCAGGUAGGAUAUUUGUUUGAAUGAUUAAUGAGUUGGUAAUGAUGUGGUCAUGACUUAUUUUAAUUCUCAGUGAUGGUGUGUGAGUUCAGAUUCAGUACCUUUGUUGCUAAACUGAUAUUUUACUGUAUUGCCUUAAGGAAUUAUAAAUUCAGAAGAAAUUGCAUAUUUGUGGUUACCAUGUUGCCAGCAUCAGGUUGAUGAAAUAAAUACUUGCGUGUAUAAUAUAAUGCACUCAAAAUAUAAACAAACAUAGUUGAAACUAUUCCCAAAAGUUUGCAGAAGCUUACAAAGCAUUUUCAUUUGAGUCUGUCAGCAACGAGUGAGAACCAGUAUAUUAUUGCAGCAAAGAAAUUAAAGUACUUGUCUGGAGAAACUGGAAAAAGAGAAUACCUCAGUCAGGGUUAUGGCAUGUGUAUGUACCUACCUGCACAUGUCUGACGUAUGUAACCGGGAUUUAAGUAAAAGUUAAUUGGACAUUACAUA